AUGCCAGCUGAUCCACGCACGCCCCCCUUUUCGCUAUCGCCGCCACCAUCACCGCCCAAGCCGUCAUUCCUCCGCCGCCUCUUUUGCUCAGGCGACCCCGAGGAGCCAGACUACUCGGCGUACUACGCGCGGCCUCCCAGUCCCGCCCCCUCGGCACGGAGCACGAGCAGCAGCGCGCCCGACGCCGGCCCGUCCCGCAUCCACCCCGCGUGGGCUUACUACGGAAUCCAAGCUCCCCCGCAAGCGAUGGACCACCGGCCCCUGCCGCCGGGCGACAGCCUGCCCAAGGGGCUCCCGGGCCGCGGCCCCAAGCCCUCGCCCUCGUACGCGCUCCACCGCACGCCGCCGACCGAGCCAGACCCGUACAUCAUGAACGCGCGCCCCGAGCCCCGCCCACUCAACUACCACAAGCUGUCGGCCACGGAGCGCAAGUACAUCGACUGGGACCGCGCCCAUCAGAAGAAGAGGAUAGAGUUUGAGCAGGAUCAGGAGCGCAAGCGCGCCAAGCAGGCCAAGAAGGUCGCUGCGGAGCAGGCGAAGGCCGCGAAGAAGCGCGACGCGGCGGCGCGCGCAAAGGCGGUGAAGGAGGAUGCGGAGCGUGUGAGGAACUACGAAAAGUUCCUAGCGUACGAGCACUGGGCCAAGCGCCACGGCUUCCUCCCGCCCGACGGCGAGACGAAGGAGAAGAAGGCCAAGCCGCCCCCCAAGCCAGAGUACGAGCGCUACCCGUUCAUGCUGCAGCCUGUCAUGAACGAGUUUGGCGUGUUCCGGCCCCACGACGCGCUGCCAGGCGGGCCGGGGUACGGCGAGCAGUGGCCGGGCAUGAGCCGCACGAUGCACAUGGCCCUCACCGAGAUGGACCACGAGGACCAGCUCCGCCUCGCGAUGUCGGGGCAUCUCUGGACCGUGUAG